AGAGAAGCCCCAGCCUCCCACCCGCGCACAACUCCUCUCCUCUCUGCACCAGAAAGGAGCAAUCUCAUCUCUCCUUGUCUUUUAUGUCCUCGCUCACUCUCUGUCAGUUAGUGUGUGUACUCAGAAUGAGGUUAGCAGCACCAGCAGCAGCAGUAGAUAGAGACAGCAGAGGCACAGUUACUGCAGCAGCCAGGAGAGGCUGUCCUUCAGCUGUGCACCAUCUACUGCUGCAUUCACCCCUGCCCUGAGAACACAACGCUCAUUCCUUUGCUCUCUCUCUCUCUGUUUCUUCCUGCUCCUUCUCUCACCUCUCUGAAUUCAUUUCUGGAAUUCGACACCGUCUCUUUUCUUCCUCUUUCUCUGUAGCAGUGAUGGGGAGGACCACCACGUAGAGACCGAGAGGCAACAAAGGCAAAAGCAGAAGAGCAGUAAUGGGAAGCCACACAUGGAGCGGGUCUGGACUGCAGCCGUGGUGAGCCUGAGAGCUACAGGACCUGAGACCAUCAUCAUUGCCCUCCUCAGGACCUAACCACUUGGGCUGUCCAGCACCUGGAUGCUCCCCAUUUGUUAUUUGCCACCCCCUUUCCUUCCCCUGUACCGUUGCUCUCUUUCCUGGACUUUAGUUUUCUUUUUUUUUAGUGUCAUUUUUGGUCUGUUAAAAUAAAAAACAGAGGCGUCUCAUCCUUGGAUUUUUUUUUUCUUUUUGUAAUAAUCUUUAUCCCCAAGAAUUACUUGCAUUUUCUUCUUUUUUUUUAGUCAUCAUUGCCUUCUUGAAAUUAUUUUUAGAUUAUUUUUUUUAAUCAGACUGAGCUCUGUUGUGCAAUUUUUCUUCAAUAAGCAAUAACAAACACUAAUCCAACUGACUUGAAAGCUGACACAAUGGGGGACAUGUCCAAUAGCGAUUUUUAUGCCAAGAACCAAAGAAAUGAGGACAACCAUGCGGCUGGCUUUGGCUGCUCUGUUAUGGAGCUGCGAUCGUUGAUGGAGCUUCGUGGCACAGAGGCAGUGGUCAAGCUCCAAGAGGACUAUGGGGCAGUGGAAGGACUGUGCAAGCGAUUGAAAACCUCACCCACUGAAGGUCUUGCAGGUGUUCAGACGGACCUGGACAAAAGAAGAGAACUAUUUGGUAAAAACCUGAUACCUCCAAAAAAGCCAAAAACAUUUCUACAGCUGGUAUGGGAAGCACUGCAGGAUGUCACCCUCAUCAUCCUGGAGAUCGCUGCUCUAAUAUCCCUGGGCCUCUCCUUCUACCACCCUCCCGGGCAGACCGGUGGAGAUGCAUGCGGUGCAGCAGCCGGUGGAGUGGAGGAUGAGGGUGAGGCAGAUGCAGGCUGGAUCGAGGGUGCUGCCAUCCUCUUGUCCGUAGUGUGUGUAGUUCUGGUGACAGCCUUCAACGACUGGUCGAAGGAGAAGCAGUUCCGUGGACUGCAGAGCCGCAUCGAGCAGGAGCAGAAGUUUCAGGUGGUCCGUGGAAGCCAGGUCAUACAGCUGCCUGUUGCCGACAUUGUAGUUGGGGACAUUGCACAGAUUAAAUACGGUGAUCUGCUUCCUGCUGAUGGAGUGUUGAUCCAGGGCAAUGACUUAAAAAUUGAUGAGUCAUCGCUGACUGGAGAAUCCGAUCACGUCAAGAAGUCCGCAGACAAGGACCCCAUGUUGUUAUCUGGGACCCAUGUUAUGGAGGGGUCAGGACGUAUGGUGGUGACUGCAGUUGGUGUCAACUCACAGACUGGAAUCAUCUUUACCCUUCUUGGGGCUGGUGUUGAGGAAGAGGAGAAGAAAGAGAAGAAAGGAGAGGCAGUGGAGGAUGGACAUCAGAACACAGACUGCUCCCAUCCCCCAAACCACCCCAUUGCAACUAUAGCCACGGAUGGGGCUGCAGGCAUUAAUGCCCCUGGCACUGCCAGCCUAAUUAAUGGUAAAAUGCAAGAUGGCAAUAUGGAGAGCAACCAGAUUAAAGUGAAGAAGCCGGAUGGAGCAGCUGCCAUGGAAAUGCAACCUCUGAAGAGUGCUGAAGGCGGGGAGGCCGACGAGAAGGAGCGGAAAAAGGUGUCAGCUCCAAAGAAAGAGAAGUCUGUGCUCCAGGGGAAGCUGACCAAACUAGCUGUCCAGAUCGGCAAAGCAGGUUUGCUCAUGUCAGCCAUUACUGUAAUCAUCUUGGUCCUGUAUUUUGCCAUCAACAACUUUGUGAUGGAAAAGCGUCCUUGGAUGACAGAAUGUACUCCCAUCUACAUCCAGUAUUUUGUGAAGUUUUUCAUCAUUGGUGUGACUGUGUUGGUGGUGGCUGUUCCAGAGGGCCUCCCACUGGCUGUGACCAUAUCCUUGGCAUACUCAGUCAAGAAAAUGAUGAAAGACAACAAUCUUGUGCGUCACCUGGAUGCUUGUGAAACAAUGGGCAAUGCAACCGCCAUCUGCUCCGACAAGACAGGCACGCUAACCACCAACCGCAUGACAGCCGUGCAGUGUUAUAUAGGAGAUGUGCACUACAAAGAAAUUCCAGACCCUGGUGUAAUCCCACCCAGAUCCCUGGAUUUACUGAUCAACGCCAUUUCUAUCAACAGCGCCUAUACCACGAAGAUACUGCCCCCAGAUAAGGAAGGUGGUCUACCCAAGCAAGUUGGAAACAAGACAGAAUGCGGACUCUUGGGAUUGGUCCUGGACCUGAAACGGGACUACCAGCCAAUAAGAAACCAGAUCCCAGAGGAGAAGCUUUAUAAAGUCUACACCUUCAACUCUGUCAGAAAAUCAAUGAGCACUGUAAUCAAACUUCCUGAAGGGAGCUUCCGAAUGUACAGCAAGGGAGCUUCUGAAAUUGUUCUCAAGAAAUGCAGUCACGUUCUGAAUGAAGUUGGUGAGGCCAGAGUUUUCCGGCCUAGAGACAAGGAUGAGAUGGUGAAGAAGGUGAUUGAGCCCAUGGCCUGUGACGGUCUGAGGACCAUCUGUGUGGCGUACCGUGACUUUGCCAGUGAUCCUGAGCCCAAAUGGGAUGAUGAAAACAACAUCCUCACUGACCUUACAGCCAUCUGCGUUGUGGGAAUCGAGGAUCCUGUCAGACCAGAGGUUCCCGAUGCUAUUCAGAAGUGUCAGCGUGCAGGCAUCACUGUACGCAUGGUGACAGGUGACAACAUAAACACGGCCAGAGCCAUAGCCAUCAAGUGUGGCAUCAUCCAUCCAGGAGAGGAUUUCCUCUGCAUUGAUGGCAAAGAGUUCAACCGGAGGAUCCGUAAUGAGAAAGGCGAGGUGGAACAGGAGCGUAUUGACAAGGUGUGGCCUAAGCUCAGAGUCCUGGCCAGAUCAUCCCCAACAGAUAAGCACACACUUGUCAAAGGAAUUAUUGACAGCACUAUGGCAGAUCAGAGGCAGGUGGUUGCUGUGACAGGAGAUGGCACCAACGAUGGACCGGCCUUAAAGAAAGCUGAUGUCGGGUUUGCAAUGGGUAUCGCUGGUACAGAUGUGGCUAAAGAAGCUUCAGACAUUAUUCUCACUGAUGAUAACUUCAGCAGCAUCGUCAAGGCAGUGAUGUGGGGCAGGAAUGUGUAUGACAGCAUUUCCAAGUUUCUUCAGUUCCAGCUUACUGUCAAUGUUGUGGCUGUCAUCGUUGCUUUCACUGGAGCCUGCAUCACACAGGACUCUCCACUUAAAGCAGUGCAGAUGUUGUGGGUUAACCUGAUUAUGGACACUUUUGCAUCUCUGGCCUUGGCGACGGAGCCCCCCACAGAGGCCCUGUUGAGGAGAAAACCGUAUGGUCGCAAUAAGCCUCUUAUCUCCAGCACAAUGACCAAGAAUAUCCUGGGACAUGCCGUCUAUCAGCUCAUUCUCAUCUUUACACUGCUGUUUGCUGGUGAGAAAAUCUUUGACAUCGACAGUGGUCGUAACGCUCCUCUCCAUUCUCCUCCAUCCGAGCACUACACCAUCAUAUUCAACACGUUUGUAAUGAUGCAGCUGUUUAAUGAGAUAAAUGCUCGGAAAAUACACGGAGAGAGGAAUGUCUUUGACGGAAUCUUCAGAAACCCAAUUUUCUGCUCCAUCGUUUUUGGCACAUUUGCCAUACAGAUUGUGAUUGUGCAGUUUGGAGGGAAGCCAUUCAGCUGUCAACCUCUGAGCCUGGAAAAAUGGUUGUGGUGUGUUUUUCUGGGGCUGGGAGAACUGGUCUGGGGACAGGUGAUUGUCACCAUACCCAACAGCCACCUGCGCUUCCUGCGUCGGGCGGGCCAGUUGACUCACAAAGAUGAACUACCAGAGGAAGACGUAAACGAAGAGAAUGAGGAGAUUGACCAUGCAGAGAGGGAAUUACGGAGAGGUCAAAUACUUUGGUUCAGAGGUUUAAACCGCAUCCAGACUCAGAUUCGAGUUGUGAAUGCAUUCCGUAGCUCCCUCUAUGAAGGCCUGGAAAAACCCGACUCCAGAACAUCCAUACACAACUUCAUGACACACCCUGAGUUUAGGAUAGACGACUCCACGCCUAGCAUCCCCCUCAUCGACGACACAGAUGAUGAUUCGGCCCGGAGGAGGACGAAGUACUCCAGCCAGCCUUCGUCUCCUAACAAGAACAACAACGCCAUUGAUAGUGGCAUCAACCUUACCAUCGACAUCAGUAAAUCUGCCGCCUCCUCCAGCCCCGCCAGCCCUCUCCACAGCCUGGAGACCAGCCUCUAACCCCUGUCCUGAACGCCGCAGUGACCACUCACGUUGUUCCCUCAUGGUCCGGGAGCGCCUCGUCCAGCUCUCCCAUUCCGUAAUUUGUUACUUCAACCACUACUUGACACAUGGCCACUCAGUUCUCGCCUUCCCCUCCACCCAGCGCACCAUGUUUCACCACUGACACAGAUCUUGUCCAUCUCCCUCUUGUAAGCUAAAGCCAAUAAUGCUCUCGCUUCCGUUCAUCAUCGAGCGAAUCUUUGUGAAAUGACAAGAAUAAAAAGAAAAACACAAUCCAAAAAGCUCCGCAAAGCUACACGACCUACACAGCCAUCCUGCUUUUGUGGUUGCAUGUGUAUGGUGGCAGCCUUGAUGGUGUGUAUGACACUAUGCUUGUACCGGUUAGCAUGUACUGUAUAAACGUGCAGCUGUCUGCACGUUGCGUAUGAACUGUGUCCGCAGUGACACCUGGAGGAGGACGAGGAGGAGGGAGACUGCCGAGGAGUGCAGAGUGCAAACAGACUUUAUACUCUCCUUAAACUCCUUCUCUUCAAUAAUAACAUUGUUAACAGAGAUACAGUAAUAGUUUAAAUUAAAUUAAAAACCAUUGUUAUUAUUCUGAGUCUGAUUAUUCUUGUUAUUAUUCUUAUUGAUCCUGCAUGAAUGUACAUUACCCAAGUUUUAUUUAAAAAGGGUUUUAAUUUUAUUGGAGUUGUUUGGUUCUGAUGGGCUGAGCAUCGCAGCGGACUACACAUGUAAAGAAAGCUUCUCUGAGUCCUCCCUCCCUCCUCUGUGUGGCAUGAACAUGUACCGGACUCUUAAAUAAUUUUUAAAAAAAUGACAUAAUCCAUAAGCAGAAAUGUGUAUCGAGGUGGUAGGGCUGAACUUGCACAGUAGUUUUGCACCUGAUGGAAAAAGAGAAAUGCAAAAUAUUAAUAAUAAUAAUGAUGAUGAUAGCAUUUAUGGGAUAUAUUCUAUACAUAUAAAUUCAUAAAAUCUAUUUAGAGAGAGUUUAUCUUUGUUUGUUGGCAUGUUGCCUUGUUUCCGCUUCAAUGGCUUAAAUUACUUUGACUUAUUUAUGUCUUAAACAGAAUGUAAUUGUUUACAACCUCGUAGAGAUGAAUUUCCUGGUUUCUUAGAGGAGGUGAGCUCAGAAUUUUGUUGCUGUGUUAUUACGGGAAAAACCAUGUGCUGAAACUUGCCUGCUAUAUUGUCAAAUAAUGUAGAUAUUUUUAGAGGAUAAACGAGAAGAAACCAAAAUAUAAUGGGAUGCAUAGUACAGUACAUGUGGAAUCUUAGUAUUACUCUUUAUGAUUGUUGGGAUCUAAUAAGAGCGGCUUGCCUUUGGUUUUUCCUAACGAAGGCCUCCUUUUUAUGACAGAGGAGGAUAUUUGAUUUGAUUAGAUUUUUUUUUAUUAAUUAUGGUUUAUUUUUGCUUUGCUUUGAUGCUGACCUGGAGUCAGUGCUUGUAUAAAAGGUUGAUAUCAGGACCUUUCUAUUUAACUGUCGUCUAGGUAAAUCUGCUUGUUCAAAGGACUUGAUGUUUUAAAGAUGUAUGUGACCAUCAAAAGGCUGCAAUCCAGUCAUUUUUAGAAAUUUGUUUCAAACUUGCAAUAUAUUGUGCUGAUAUUUUCUAAUUUAUUUUUGAUUUUUUUUUUUAAAGCUUCUUUUCAUCUAGACACAAGCAGCCCCUAAAUGCUGUUGGCAUUUUUAACAUCUAAAGAAAAAGGAAAAACUGAUUUAAAAAAAACAAACAAAACUAAUAACAACAAAAAUGGAAUGUUGCUUUGACUCUUUUUCUAUAUAUAUACAUAAAAGAUUUCCUGCACUAUCUGGUUAUGAAUGAAAACUUCUGUGGUGUAACUCUAGAUGUGCUUUUGUGUGUUUUAACCAAGCUUGUCUUCCUGCCGUCACAGAAUAUACAGUACUCUUAGCAUCUCAACUGUACUCACUAGCUGUAAACUAUUUAUUGUACUUUGACCAAUCAGACAUUAUCAGAAGUCGCAUACAGAAGGCACAUGUAUCCAUUUUUUUGCACUCAGGAGGACAAGGCCACUUAACUAGCCUCUAGUAUUAUUACUCUACCUAACCGAAGUCAAUGGCAAGCAUGAUGUCAUAAAGUAGGCUCAUUAUGCAACUUGAAGAAUUUUUUUUUUUUCGUUUUUAACAUAAAUUAAAAACUAUUCUGUAGACGAUGUAAACAAUCAUUUCUCUGAGCAGCUUUAUCCUUUUUUUGCUUUGUUUGUUUUUGCAUCCUCCUCCUCCUCCUCUGUCAUUGUUCAGCCAAUCCGUUUAUCUGAAGAGGGUGCACAAGCUUUACUGGUCAGCUCAGGCAUGUCGAAAAACAUCUGAAUAAAGUCUGUCUUAUUUAAUUUGAAAGAAAACAGUCUGGGUUCUGAUAUUUACCUUAGAAGUUCUUAAUUUAUUUUGCUAUUUUUUCUGGUGUUUGCCUUUUUGUUUUGUCUGUAAAAAUUAAAAAUGAUAAAUGAAACAAACAAAUAAAAAAACACAUAGAUAUGGCAUUUUCCGUAUAUAAAAAAAGACUUAAGCCAACAUUCUCGAACCAUUUUUACAUCGAGGAGGACUUUCAGCUUUAAGAAACUGAAGUUAAACUGAUUCUUGUAAAUAGAGUUAUGGGUCCACUGAGGACAGAAAUGUUGAAAACAUGAACUCCUCCUGAUUACAUCAUGCAACUCAAUGAGUCAUACUGAUGACGCGGCACUUUGGCUGUUUGUAAUCAAUCACCGCUCCUGUCAGAGACACAUCCAAAUCAUAAUGUGUUGUAACGACCUGCCAUUAUGUUUAUGAUGACACCCAUCAUGAUGAUGAUAUCAAUGAUACUUUUUUUGCAAUAUACUCACCUGCCUCGAUGUACUGUAUUUAGCAGCAUGCAGUUUGUGGAACAAAGAAAAAGAGAAAUGCCAACAGAUAGCUUUUUGGCAUACUUAGCCAUUCAUGGGUAAGUGAAUUAAGUGUUCAUCUUGUUUUUAUGAUAUUUUUUUUAUCUAUACAAUAAUUGUAAAUAAAGAACUCAAUGUCUUUGUUCAUUUAAUACUAUGCAAAAAGUCAUGCUUUUCUGAUUGUUAAUCCCCUCAGUUGUAGAGUGUGUUGCUGGAAUGUUUGUGGUUUCAAAAAUCAGUAAAAAAUAAUGUGAUGUAAAUUAUUUUUUAGCCUGACAAAAAGUAAAAAUGAUGCUGAGAAUUCUUAGAAUACGGUGAAACGGAUUUUAUAGUGGUGAUGACUAUGAUGAUGGACUGUGACUCCUGCUGCUUGACUGACCCAUUUAUCACUCUACUUACAGGAGCACCAGUGAAAACAUAAUCAUCGUAUUACUAAUAACGGUAAUAAAAAGAAAACUCAUUUAAUAAAUUUCCCAGAGCAGCAUGACUAGCAUGGUGUGUCCUCGCCCCGUGUCACAUGUGCUGUUCUGAUUUUGUCGUGCCUCACUUUGACUUUGUUUUUGCUGUUUACUGAUUUAAGUUAAAAACAUCUCAGAUGUUUUACGGUUGCAAGUUAAUAACUUUGUGAAACUCUAAUCACGAUGAGGCAGCAUAGCAGCAUCUGAAGGAACAAAAAAGUGUCGUCUGAAAUUUUAUCUGUUCUCCUCGCCUCCCCUGCUUGUGUUACUUUGCAGAUCACACAUACAGUAGUUUAAGUGCUCAGAAUGGGCAAGAUUAGAAAUUAGUACAUCAGAUGUGCAUCAUAGGUUGAAAUUAGAGAGGUGUGAUGAAUUUAUAUCUGUAUUAGAUUAUAUUAGGAGUCCUAUAAAUUCAGUCAUGACAUCAUAUUUAAUCUGAAAAUUGAAUACUUUUCUUUUCCUGGGAGCUGCAUACAUUUUACUGAGAACAAGGAGAUUUCUGUUUGUUUCUCAACAUUUUGAAUUUUACAUUAGAAACAAAUUUGAUAAAACAGUAAGAUCAAGAUUUGUUUUUUAUUGCCAGGUAAACAUCUGUUCAUUACUAACAAAAAAAAAAACACAUAAAAGAAACACUAACAGAAACUAAUCAAAACAAUAUUAAUUGUAAUCCACACUAUGGAUAAAAACAACAACUAUAAAACAUGCACCUGAAGCAAUUAUAACUAACUAAAAACAUGAUUACCAAGAUCUAAUCACUUUCUGAGAGGCCAACGAAAGGAUUUUAUGCCUUGAUUUAGAAUGAAACCUAACUGACCAAAGGGGAAAAGUUGGGAAUGUGAAAGUCGUCAGUUCUUGAAUUACUUUUGUCUCCAGUUAGCUUUGCCAGCAAUAGACAACUGCCACAAUCCAGAGAAAAACUUAAGGUCCAACUCAUUGCAGUUUUAACUUUUGCAGAAACACUGUUCCCGCUUAGCAGCAUAUAUGUAGUUAAUACACUCACAUUCUUCAACAAGUCAGCCAUGUUUAGAUGAGCCAUCAAUUCAGCAUUUGGAUGUGUUUAAUGAUCUGAGAGGUAAACUGUUGAUAAAAAUAAAUGAAUAAAAUUCUGAUGCCUGACAAAUGGAGUACAUAAAACAUCUGAACCUGGUAAAGUGUGCAAUCAACUCUUUUCCUGGAUCCAGUGAGAAAGCCUUCCUGAGAGUUAUUCACUGACUCCAUCUCUGUCCCAUUUCCAGGAAGAACAUGUUAGAAAUUGGCCAGCUAGUCAAACACAAACUUAGAGUAACACCAGCUGUGUUUCCAUUACAAAUGUUACUUUGUCGAUAUUCCGCUAAUAAUAAUAUUCCGCUUUAUGUGGGUGCUUCAUUACAGAAGCAAAACUUAAAUUGUUUCGAAAGGACAGUGGAGGGAUUUAUUAAGAGAGAGACAAAAAAUAAGAGCUUUAAAACGGAAGAUUACAUGAGGUUCAUGGACAGUGAAGGAAAUUAUUUUGUGUGAAAGAGGAGUCUACGUACUGUACAGUUCAGUUCAGGGACAUCCCUUUAGACUUUUCACUAGGCAUGACAUUUUUUUGUACUAAAAAUCCAUUUCUAUAAGUGAAUUCUUAUUUGCUGUAAAAACUCUUGGAAAGUACCACUUUUUUGUGUAAUUAAUGGACAUGACAUGAGUGUCACUCUAUUCAAAUUUAAAUUCAGUUAAAAAAAACAUAUCUAAUUUUUUUUAACCUUUUGGCUAUAUUCUUAUUCACUUAGCCUCUUGUUAAUGUGACUAAAGAAAAUAUAGUUUCACAAAUUGUACCAAAGGAAGCCCCUGUACUUGAAAUCCGUUAAUGACGCCUAUGUCACUAUGUGUCCACUGGAGGGCAGCACUUCAUCAGCCAUAUUUAUCACAGUCUUGCAUUACUUGUAAUCUCGGUUCUUGAAGUUGUUCCACUUUGUGUAUUCCUGUCCACUAUGGCUGACAGACAUGUUGAAUUAACCUUAAACUGAACUGCUUCCAUGCUGUUUUAAUGUUUGGUUUACCUUAAACACAUAUGACCAGUCAGCAUUUAUAACAUUGACAGCAGGAUAUAUUUUUAGUAUCUUGAGUUCCUAAAAUACACACAGCAGCAAAAAGAUUGCCAAAUCCUGUAGAAAAAUUAAGUCAGAUAAAAACUGAUCAGCGAAGGAUUAUAGAAACUUCACAGUGAACCUCAAGCAGUUUAAGUUAUAUUCAAAAUCAAAUACAACAUUUACUUUCAUCUUGAAGGAUAACUGGACCACCGAGUCUGGUCAAGUCAUUUUUCUUUGUACCAAAGUAGACAAUUCUGUCAUUGUCUCUGGUUUCGGAAUGGUUUGACAUAAGAAUUGGGACACUUUUAGUCCUUGGCUUGAAACAUCUGGGUGUGCUGACUCUAAAAGCUCAGACUCCAACUGCAGUUCACAUCUUGUGGCUCUGUCCCAAACUCUUGAAUGUAUUUUGGCUGAUAAUCUUCCAAACUGUAGUUUUUCCUGUUCUGCAGCACCCUUUCAAACAGUUUUUUCUUCCACUCAACCUCCUGUUAUUAUAAUUGGAUACAUUGUUGUGAACAACCAGCUCUUUUAGCAAUCAUCUUUUGUGGGUCACUACACCAUAGCACAUUUCUUUACUAAGAAUCAUUUUUUCUCUUGUUGUUUUAAUGUACAAUUUUUAAUUCAAAGAAACUGAAUUUUGUUUUGAUUAGCUGUAAACAGAAAUUGCAAAAGGAACAGAAAUAAAUGCUUGAUAUACAUCAGUCUGAAUGUAAGCUAAACAACUUUUUCAAUGGAAUCCAUUAAAGUUUCAAUUGAACUUGCA